GAAAAAGCCGGAGCGUCCACGCUGGCAGUUGAUGGUGACCUUGCCAGCUAUUGACCCGAUCUGCCUUGGCUGUUGAUCUUGGUUGAUUGAAGGUUGACCACCCCAUGACCUCAUCUUCGUCGCACACCACCGGCCUCUCUGGACUGGGUAGGCUCUAUCCACCAGAUGGCGGUUGAUUCAUUCUCUCCCCUCCCUGUGUGUUGUGUGUCAUUCAUGUGCUUCUCUCCGUCUUGUGAUUGACUCUGUCUGUCUGUCUGUCUGUGUGUCAGGUGUGAUUGGCAACGGCACGUUUGGCGCCAUCAUCGACAAGAGGGGACGAUACGUGUGGGCAUGUCCUGGUCAGUCAGUCACACAAACAUGACAACCACACAUCAAUCCAUCUAUGUGUGUGGUUGGGUGUGAUUGUGUGUGUGGUCGUGUGUUCAGGUCAUUUCGGCAGCGACCCGAUCUUCUCGUCGCUGCUCAACAACGACUCUGAGGAAACAGGCUUCCAGGACAUUGUGCUCACGGGUACGUAUCAUUGGAUGCAUUGGAUGGGGGCGUCUGGGUGGGGGUGGUGUGAGAUACACUACACACGGCCAUCGGUCCUGACUGCCUGUCUGUCUGUCACCCCCCUCUCUCUCUCUCUCUCUGCGUGUGUGUGUGAUAGACUUUGUGUCGUCCCACCAGCGGUAUCUGCCGCACAGCGCAAUCCUCUGUACCGCACUCACCAGCGGAGGUACACACACACACAUACAGAGGGAUGGUACACCUGAAUUCGCACACGUGUGUGUGUGUGUCAGCCAAUGACGUGGUGGAGAUCCGCGACUUCGCGCCUCGGUUCCAGAUCUUUGACAGGAUACACUGCCCCUUCCAGGCAAGCAGGGCAACCACACACUUGAGGGAGGGAGGGAGGGAGGGAGAGAGGGAGGUGCGAUGGGUCCACCCACUUGACGUGUGUGUAGACGUUUCGCAUCUUGGAGCCGAUCCACGGCGACCCCCAGAUCACCAUCCGGAUCAGACCAACCUUCAACUACAACAGCACAGAUGGCUUCCAGGUACAUCAGACACACAGACAGACAGAUGGCCGUGUGUCUACAAAAAAAGUCUGUGUCUGUGUGUGUAUGUGUGUGUGUCGAUCGUGAUAGACGCGCGGCAGCCACCACAUUCGCUACUGCGGUCCGAGGGACACAUGGCGCGUCACGACCAACGCACCGGUCGGUCAUCCAGACAGGCCGUCUGUGCGUAUCUCAAAUGAAAUGGGUGUGUGUCGUCUCUCGUGUGUGUCUGUGUGUGUGUGUGUGCAGAUAGCGUCCAUUCUUGAGGAGACCCCCUUUCUGCUGCAGAACAGGCUCUUCAUCAUCAUGGGCACCGACGAAUCUCUGCAGGCACUGAACUGAACAGCCCACUUAGACACACACACACAGACACACACACACACAAAGGGCGUGUGUGUGUGUAUGUGUCCAUGUGUGUGUCGCAUCGGUAUGUUGGUGUGUACAGUCUCCGAUAUGCGACGUCUGUCUGGAUUUCGAGCGCAAGUGUCUGUCCUACUGGAACGACUGGGUCACACGACUCGCACUGCCCGUCGAGUACCAAGAGGUUCUCACUGUCAUCACACACAUCCAUCCAUCCAUCCACCCACACAUGGCUGUGUGUGUGUGUCGUGUAGGUGUUGAUCCGCGCCUCCAUCACGCUGGCCGUGCUCAACAGCGAAGACCAGGGCGGACUUGUGAGCUCCCUCACUAUGGGCAUCCCUCUCGCAAGCGACGCGCCGGCCAGCAAGGUCCGUCUGCAUCUGUGGCAUACACACAGCGACACACGUACUUGACCUGCACACGGGGGCGUGUUCUUGUGUUGUGCUAUGGUGUGGUGUGGUUAGGAUGAGCGCGUGUGUCGUCUGUACGACGAGUGUCUCUCCCUGUCUGUGCUGCGCAACUUCGGGCUGUUCCCCAUCGGCAGGAAGUUCCUGGAGUUCCUCAAGAACCGGUGCGUUUGAGCACACGGAUGUCCUCCACCCACCUGUUGUGUACUCGCCUCUGUGUGCGUGUGUGUGUGUGGGUGUCAGCGUGUUUUCAUCCUCCCUGCCGCAGCUGACUUACGGCAUUCACACGGUGCGGACACACCUGCACUUAGAUGGGAAUGCAGAUGUGUGUGUGUGGGUGUGUGCAGGAGACGAGCAUCCCGUUGGAGCGAGCUCGGUAUCUGGCGGGCUACAAGGGAAUGGGCAGCGUCAACAUCGGUACACACACACACAUACACACACCGACGAUGCUUCACACGUGACUGCACUGCACUGCACUGCACUGCACACAACAAACAGGUGGCCUUAGCUCGGGUGACGACCAGCAGCAGGGAGGGGCCGACAAGCAGCAGCCCACACACGACUCAACAGCAGCCACCCACCAGCACAAUGGUCAGCACACACAACCACACUUAGACACACACACACACACACACAGAGAGAGAGAGAGAGAGAGAGGAAGGGAGAGAGAGACAGACAGACUCUGUCUGUCUGCGAGUAGGUGUGAUUGUGGAAGGGGGCAGGGGCAUGCGGCCUCUGGUCGGGCUGCUCGUCAUCGCAUUGGCACAGGUACACACACACACACACACACACAUGCACAUGUGUGGUUGCUGGCUGUUGGUUGCUGGUCAGGUGUUUUACGAUCCUCGUCUGCUGCCGCUGUCGACCCACAAGCUCUUCGAAAGGCUCGAACACCUGGCAGGCGUCGCCUUCAGCGCCUUCAUCGAGAUGCAGCACGCCAUACAGGGCGUACUGCAAGCCGAGAAAAUUGAGGGUACGCAAGGCAGCAACCGAGCCCUCCCCCAUUGUGCAUCCAAGCGCAUCGAUCCGUGUGUGUCGUUGAGGCCAUGCAGCAAGCCGCUCGGUGCGUCCCCCCUCUCACCCAGCACCACCACCAGCAGCGGCAGCAGCACCAGCGGCUGACACAUCAGCAGCAUCGGCUGCCGGGCCAGAGGGAUGGUUCGACGAUGAACCGCGGUAGGUGGCUGACCAAUCAAAUCAAUCACACGUCGGGAAACACUGACACUGGAUGUCGCGGUUGAGUGCGUGUAGGUCUCUGACGGUGUGGGAGGACGAGGACGACGACUUCUUGCGUCAGAUCGAGCACGCCAGAAGCACCAUGCAGGCGCUCGUGACCGACAUGCACUCCCCCCCACCGCCCCCGCCACCCGCACACAACGACACACGACGGUACGGUACACACACCAGUGAGUGGCAAGAGAAGGGAAGCCCGUUCAUUGCAUGUGUCUGCGUGUGUGUCAUUCAUUCCUUCAUCACAGGCCUCACUCCCGCACGCCGUUCCCCCCGCCCCCGCCCCCUCCCGCACACCCGCACGCUUACCAACACCCACAGAGGUCUGGUGCGCACACACAUCGAUCAUGACACAACAGGGACGGACGGAUGGAUGGAUGGAUGGACGUGUGUUUGUGUGUGUGUGUCUGUGUGCAGGCGUGGCAAUGUGGCAAAGAGGUUGCCAUUGGUGCACACCUUCUCGUCUGUGCUGUGCUGGGCGGCGGCUGAGCGGAUCGCCCAGGUCUCGGAGAGGCUUGAGCAACACGAGAAGGUCCACACACACACACACACACAGAGAGAGAGAGAGAGAGGGAGAGUACAUCCUUCAGUUCCUGACAUGAAUGUCGUUUGUGUGUAUGGUGUGUAUUGGAUGGCAUCCAUCAAUCCCAUCAAAUCCAUCCAUGUAUCAGAAGCUGCAGUGGUGGAGUCGCGCCAAGUACAUGCGGGAGACCAUCCUCACACACGCAUAUAACCCACACAGACAGACAUUCACCACACACUGGAAGGUAAGCAAAUAAACUAACUACUGCCUGGCCUGCAACACACACACAUCUCUCUCCCUCCCUCCCUCCCUCCCUCCCUCUGUGUGUGAAGGGUCACUCGGUCGGCCCGUCGUUGUUGCGUCUGGCCGAGGUGGGCUUCAUCAGCGGCAGCGACGUCCGAUUCGCAAACACUGUGCGGGCCUUCGAACAAGACGCAGCCAUGACCUGCACCUGCAGCUACAGCGCCCUGGUCAGCGCCAGCCUGCAGCUGCACUGUUCACAGGACCCACACACACACGAGCCAGGUGGCAGCAAAGACAGCACCAACAAGCAGCAGCAGCAGCAGCAGCAGCAGAGACAGCGGCCUCCCUUGCUGAACAGCAGCCCGACCACUACAGCUGCUGCGGCCUCUCUGUGCGAUUCGCUCAAGGCGAGUGCGACGACCUUCACGACCAACACGCUGCUGUGGUACGUCGAGGCGCUGCGGGCGUGCGGCCGGGCCGUGGAGGCGCGCCUGCUCUUCGACUCACUGCUCAGGUGAGGUGACUGACCUGGCCCCCACACACACAGAGAGAGAAAAACAGAGGGGCACACUGCACUUGGGGCAUUGCAUGCCAUCGUGUAGGUCUGCGAAUGAGUGCGGUCUGCUCUCUCAGUCGAUUGACAUGAAGUAAACCAGCCAGCCACACCACACAGGGAGGAGGUGUAUGUGGGACCGACGUGUGCUGUGCUGUGGUAUGUGUGUGUCCACUAGGAGCGGUGAGUUGUGGGGCAACUUCCCCCACGCGGCCACCUGCCUGUCGCUCAUUCGGUGCGGCACACGGCUCUCCAGGAACUGGAACUAAAUGAACGUCUGUGGCCUGACGAACGGACGCCGUGUGUACAGUACAGUGUACUUCCACGUAUGGAUGUGUGUG